UCCUCAGUGAGCGCUUUGCUUUCUGCGGCUCCUCAGCACAGCCAGCGGUGUUGAGGCUGCGACGUGAGACGCAACUCAGAGAGACUCGCUCAUAGAGGCAAAGUUAUGGCACGGUCAUCCCCGGAGAAAAAGCUCCCGCAGCAAUCUGCCAAAAAGUCCUUCACUGGUGAUGCGCACAUCCUUCUGGGACGCACAAACCCGGAGCGAGAAAACUCCACAUUACGCGUCAAAUUGAACUAAUUGAAUAUUGGGGCAGAAGCGCGUCGAGGACUGAAGGAGAUUUCAGCUCAAUCUCAAGACGUCCAAUGACGCAAUUUACCGCUCAAGGGCCCCGAAUUGUCGCAUCUGCUUGAACGACCCUUUUCUCGCCUCUCCAGCAGUUUUGAGUUGAGCGAGGGCCACAAUGCAACAGGCCUGUGAAGUGAAGAUCACAACUAGCUCACAGCUGCACACGGCGUAAAGCUAAUCUUGAUGCAGCCAUAGUUACAAGUGCCCUUCAAGCAACCUGAGAAUGACACUCGGAGAAUAGGACUCCUGAGUUUAUUCUCCACCUCCAGAGGCUUCAGGCAUACUACCAAAUCAGCAUUAACAGUGAAACCAAGGCAGUCAUGAACCUUUUCAGGAAGGAUGCCAUGGCCUCUAAGAAGGAGAAGGAAAAAGAGAUCCAUUAUGAGGAUCCUCCAGAUGGAGGUUGGGGCUGGAUGGUGGUGCUGCAUUGCUUCCUGGUAAACGUCCUAGUGAUGGGAACACUGAAGAGUUUUGGCAUCUUCUUUGUGGCAUUCCAAGAUGAGUUUGGAGCCUCAUCAGAAAGCAUCAGCUGGAUCGGUUCCAUCAUGUCCAGUCUGCGUCUCUCUGGAGCACCCCUUGCCUCUGUGGCCUGUGCCAAGCUAGGAACCAGGGUGACCUCCAUCACAGGGGCGUUCCUCGUUAGUGGUGGUUUCCUCCUCAGUAUUUUCGCCAACAGUGUGGUGUUUCUCUAUGUCAGCAUGGGAGUGAUAGUUGGACUUGGUUUUGCACUACUUUACCAAUCCUUCUCAGUCGUCACAGCGCUAUACUUCCGAAGGAGGUUAGCAACAGCCUAUGCAAUCGGGCGUUCUGGGAUGGGUUUGACCUUUGCCCUUGCUCCGUUCACUCAGUUGCUCCUGGACAAGUAUGCUUGGCAAGGUGCAAUGCUGAUUCUUGGCGGUCUCAUGCUGAAUCUGGUGGCCACUGGGAUGCUUCUGCGACCAAUCCAUGUGAAGUUUCCUGUUUCAAACCCUACCUCUUCUCCUAUUCAAAAGAGCCCUGCUGCAUCCAUUAAGAGCUCUUCAGAGAAGGAAUACACUAAGAGCUGCUUGAAUGGCUCCUCUCACUUAUCCAAUGGCAUCUCCAAAGCAGAUUCAUUGCCAUCCCCUCCUUCUCUUCCUCCUUCUCUUCCCCACGGGGACACUGAGAACCUGGGGGGCCAAUGUACUCGGGGACCCCAGGACCACUCGGUGAACCCAGAACUGACCAGACUUGUCCUCAAUGGUGUGAAUGGACACGAGCCUCACCAUGACUUGGGUCAGUGUAAACCCACAUCUCCAGACAUCUCAUCGGAGCUCAAUGGCAGCAUGAAUGGGUCCACCACUGUUGGAUUUUCCUCGCAUGCCAGCACUCCGAAUGAGGUGACCAUCACAAAAACCAAAGUACUGGAUUUCUCCCUGCUAAAGGACCCUUUCUUUUGUAUCUACACUUGGUCCUUGGUCUUUAGCCAGCUGGCCUACUUUAUCCCCUAUUUCCACCUGUCCGCUCGAGCCAGAACCCUGGGCAUCAAUGCCAUGGACGCUUCCUUCAUCAUCUCUGUGGCAGGUAUCACAGAGACCAUCGCCCAGCUGGCUUCGGGCUGGGUGACAGACAAGAACCUGUUCCAUAAAUACCAUUACCACAAGGCCUACCUGAUCCUCUGUGGCCUGGUCAACCUGCUCUCCCCACUGGCAACCUCUUACAUCCUGCUGAUGUUUUACGCUAUCUUCUUUGCCAUCUUCUGUGGUGGAUACAUGGCUCUGCUGCUGCCCGUUCUAGUUGAUCUCGUGGGGGCAGAGAAACUCAACAACUCCAUGGGCUUCUCCAUGUUCUUUGUCGGCCUAGGUUGCCUGACAGGACCUCCUUUGGCAGGCUUCCUGUACGACUACACUCAGACUUACGACUGCUCUUUCUACCUGGCCGGGCUCUGCUAUCUGCUCUCCUCUCUCUCUCUGUUCCUGGAGCCGCUGGCUCAGCGCUGGAAGAACAGCAACGAAGUGACCCGGACCAAGAGAGCAGAAAGCAGCUGUAAGACCAACGGCUGCUUCACCCCCGACCACCUGCAGAACGGCGCUGUGUAGGAAUGAAUCCCAGGGAAGGACUUCGAUCUUGAACCAGCAUGCUCACAACUUGCCAUGGGCCUGCAUACCUUGGACCUUGGACUCCAGCUUAAAGUUGUGACCAAGUGACCCUUCAUUUCAGCAGGAGCGAAUCAUGGGCCGAGGAAACCACAGUAACAUUUCUAAGAACAUGCAGUUCUCGGGACGAUGGCGAAUAGAUGAAUAUGUUGAACUUUUAAAGAGCCAAACUUUUAGCGUUCUGCUAAAUAUUUUACUUCCGAUUCUUGUUCCUAUCAGACGCACAUGCAUCCAAACUGAGACAUACAUCAUCCAGCAUAUUUUAAUACUAGCUGCUUUGCAACCUUAACUUGUUAAAACACAAUCUAAAUCUGUUUUCCAAUGCAACAACAAAACUGCAUUCACUUUGCGCCAUCUUUUUAUUGCUGGAAUCUAAGCUAUGCCGUUGAGCUUGAAUGUGUGACGGCAUUAAUGGAAGCACAUAUCAAUGAAGCAAUACUUCUCACUCGAUUUCUGAGGAAGCUUUUACCUGUGUCUGUAAACCUGUACUCACUGGUAUGCACUUUGGGCCAAGUUGUGAUUAUGCUGCAUGACAUUUCCUCUGACCUUUUUAAAUGCCAGAUAGUUAAGAUACUGAACAACCACUUAAAGUGAAAAGUUGGCGCCUUUCAUGUGGAUGUCCAAUCAGGUAAAUGUAGACAAUUCAAGCAAUGCAUUCCUCAGUGACACCUAUAUUGAAAAAGGAAACUGAUUUCUGCAGCUGACGGAGCCAGCUGUGCCUAUAUGUACCAUUGCACGUGAACUUCUGACACCAGAGGGUCCCUGCCAGCCAUAUCCUCUUGCAGGUCAAAUGUAGCCGCUGCCUUUCUUCGGCUGUAUACUCUGGCUCGAAUAAUAGGGCUGGAUAUCAGAGUCAGCCAAGUUACUGCUAAAUGUGUCCUCGUCCAAAACAGCCACUGCUCUCCUAUUUUUGGAAAUGUAGCUAGUUUGCAAUACAAGUAAAUAGAACAAGUAAGUUGUGUUUUUGAGCAGCAUCUAGACUAGAGCAUGCCUUGAAGCCAUGUACGUCACUGAACGCAGAAAGAGCAACUCGUAUUGCAGCUGCAAAAUCAGCUGUCUGGGUCAAUUUAGCACACACCGAGGAAUGUAUUGCUUCAAACGACUACACAUUUACCAUCAACACUGAUUGGACUUCAAAAAUAGAAGGUAGCAAAACCCCCCUCUAAUUGCAGCCUGCCUCCAUGACACAAUGUGCAACCUGCUCUUCAAAGCCAAAAAGCAGCAACUACUUCAUUCUAAUAAUCUCUUGCCCCCAACUGGAUUGUUGUAGGCACAGGGGCAGAUUGUGUGGCAUGUGCUAUAGCAUUUAGAGAUAUUACCAUAUUCAAAUCUUUAUUGUUGAUAUGCUGGCUGCUUCAACUAGUUCAGCAUACUUAGACAUUUAAACUUCAAAAUGUUGAUCUCAUUUCGGACACUUGUCCUUCUGUUCAGAUGUUUUGAUAUCUUUGCCCCAUAUAUUAUAAUGGACAGUGUUCAAAGUUUAAACAUUUUAUUUUUCUCUUUAACCCCUUCAUACUCAUUCAUACCUUCAUCUAACAGUGUUUGUGCUUAACAUUAGUUCAGUUGUUUCAUACCUCAUGGUUUUUCUGCAAGUGCAGUUGAUGUUAAAAACUUCUUUUCAGAACUUUUCAGGAAUUGUGUGUGUGUGUGUGUGUGUGUGUUGCUAACACUUCAACUAACACCUCAGCCUCUAGCAACGCUUACAAGUCAACUAACAGUUCAGAGUAUUUCAGGCCUAAACUUCAACUGACACUUCAACUUCUUUAAUCACGUUCUACCACAUUGUGACCUGUUUAGUGUUUGCAAGCGAGCACACCUUUCUUUGGAACUUAUCAAACUCAGCGGUGACUUUUUUUUUAAAUCCCACAGACUAGACACUGCCUCCUUCUUUUUCUGGUUCAGUAGUGACUUGUUUUAAUAACUUGAUGUUCACAUUGUGUUUUACUUGGCAGCACCUGGAGACUACAAAACAAUCACGCAUAGCUCAUUGUCUGUGAGCUGUUCUAUGCAAGUCCACACGGAGAGAGAUUUCUGUAAUCGACAGCUCACUUGCACAUCAUUUUAACUGUUAACUGCAAAGAUACCAAGCCCUGAAAGAAGAAGCCUGUUUGGUCGAGAUUUAAGUAUGAUUCCUAAAUAUAUUGAUCACAGUUCGGACUGCUGAUGAGCUCCGAUGAAUAGCAGGGUUUUCUGUGUCAUUGUGUGUGAUUAAGAGUCAUUUUGUCCACCUUGAAUGUCUGUUAAUCGCUGACUCACUGUGUUAUAAAGAUGUUUUGCUGUUGUUUCAUUUAAACUGGACUGGUAGUUGUCCAGCCUUUACAGUGCCUGCAGGCAGCCGAUUAAUGGCAAUGCAAUUUAAAAUGAUAUUGUGUUUAUGUUUGGGAGUAUGAUGGUUGUUCAAUCUUUUUUCUAAUGUAAUAGAGGGUUUUUGUGUUUUCAGUGAAUAUUUUGUUUUUUCACCACCGUUUGCCUUACAAGGUACUGCAUUGUAUCUUUACUAACCUUCCUGUGAUGUCAGCCAAAGACACAUUAGAAACCUACCUACUACUUGAAGCUUAUUAUUAGUAAAAACAUAGUUUGGACUGUCUAUAUGAUUGAAACCACGAUGAUCACCCAUCAUUCUGUCAUUUCAAAGUCUUAACCGAGGGCGGACCAGAAUCCAGUGACGGACAUGUUUUGUUACGCUGCCCUCUUGUGGUGAGGGAAAGCCUCUACACAAAGAAUGCUGCCUCAAUUAGUACCAAAUUAUUCCCCCUCAUCUCACUUUCACAAUACUGAUCAAGGCUCUUUGUAUUGUUUCAGUAACGACAGUCACGCACAAAAGCUCUUUUUGGCUCACGAGUUCCAUUCACCACCAGUUUGCUUUUGUGAUUGAGGGCCACUGAAUAUUUUGUACCAUAAUAAAUCUCUUAUGAAAUGUAUGAUGCUUUAAGUAGAUUUUGGUUUGGGAUUAUUUUACUUGUUAGUUAUCUAGAUAUUUUAAAGAAUUUUAUGUUUGAGCAAUAUCUUGAAAUCAUUUUCAUGUCCCUCUGGAGAUGUCUUAAACACCACUGAUGAUGAACUGGGUUCUGUUUGAUUUUAUGUUUGUGUUGCAGCAAAUGCAUUUAUGGGUAAAGCACUGUUUUGUCACUCUGGCUCUUGGACUUUUGAACUGAUAGUUUAGAAAACAUGCUUAAUCAAUCAUAGAUAUCCGAGUUCUUCCCUCGAGUUCCCUUUUUAAGCCUUGUAACAGUGCGCAGUCAGCUGAAAUAAACUGGCAUGCGACUCAAGUCUGCUCUUGUUUGAUUGGGAUAAUAAAUGAACUGAUACCACGCCAACGGCUAUCUCUCUGGAGAAAAACACUCACAAGUUGCAACAUCUUUUACAUGUUUUAUUGACACAUUUUGGAGACAAACCGACGGCAUUAAACAACAUGAUUUAGACUAUAUUAUUACAUUCAUUUCCACCGUGGGUUUAAAAGUAGACCCAACAAAUGCUUGUAAUUAUUUGACAUGGUAAAUAAAAGGGUUCAACAUGUUAUAUCAA